GGACAGAACCUUCUACGGAUUCUACGGUAAUAAAAAUACGUUAAGUACUGAUAGUAAGCUAUUAAUAGUUCUCUACCUUUGGAAAUGCAAUAAUGUUUACUGCUUUAAAUUAGAUAGAGCGAAUCUACACUUUGAAUGUACUCGAAAUCGUGUGUAUAAAUAACAACAUUCAUCUCAAUCACAACAGAUAGAACUCUCAAACUCACGACUCAAGUCACGAGAUUAGAUGCUCUUACUUUUUACGCUUCCUACUUCUUAACCAUAACAUAACACAAAUAAUUUUUGUGGAUUUGCGCUACUGAUCGACAUUGUCAUUAGAUCUAGUGUCAUUAUUUUGACUUAUAAUUUUACAACCACCACUCGCUACCAGGGUUCGGCAAACGUAAGUAAAUUUAAUAAGUUAUAGUACCGCUAGUAGGCCUAAUUUAAUUAGAAUAAAAUAAUUUAAUUACUUAAUUCUUAAUUGCUACGGCUACAGUCUACAGUCUACUGUACAGUUAAUCAGGUAUACUCAGUUACUGUACAGUGUACAGUCUGACAGUGUACAGUCUGAACUGACUGAACUGUUCUACUAUUCAGUAGACUAGGCAAGUGAUAAUAAUAAGUACUCUUUUUAUUUUGGUACAUUAAAAAAAAAUAAAUGCAAAUAGAAUUUUUUCUUUUACGUAGGACAUAGUCAUAGUAUAGUAGUAUAGUAAAAUUAAAAUAAACUUAUUUCAUUAUUAAGUAUUCAGUGAAAGGAUUUUUAAAGUAACAUCAUCUUUUUGUUUGAAUACAACAAAUACAUUUUAGAGAUUAAAAAAAAUUUCCUUUUCAUGGUAUUGUAUAAUUUGUAUGCAUACAUAUUUUGUAAUUGUCUGUGCCAUUGUGGAAUGCAAGUAGUUUAUGCAGGAAUGCAAGUAGUUAGUUUAUGAUUUUGAAGAUUUAUAUGAUUUUAUGUAGUGCAGUCUGUAGACUGUCGGUUAAUAAAUACAGUCAGACCUCGGAAUCCAAAUGCACUAGAACUCGAAAAACUUGUAAUCCGAACAAAAAUUUCGAGCAAAUGUUCGCUCAAAAUAUGAAUGCUGCUUUAGAAUCUGAAGGACUACAUUUCCCCAUCACUCGGGCCACUUACACUAGUAGUCUAGUGUUAUGAUGGUUGUCGCAAGUUGUUGUUGCAGUGAAAGCAUAUGGCCAAAGGGAUGUUCUCUCAUAGUCAUAAUAAUUUUAUGCUUUUGUCUAUUUGCCAUGACAUGGGUCCUAAAAAGUGUAGUGAUGAAAAUAAGAGGACUGUUGUUAGAGCUACAAUUGCAGUUAAGAAAGAUCUUAUUGCUAGGCAUGAAGUUGGUAUAUGUGGCUGACCUCGCUACCAUUACUACCAUGUUCUGGAUGCCUCAAUCGACUUAUAUUUUGAAAAAGAAACUAUCAAAGUAGCUGACCUAGCAAAAAGGGAUUUGACACUGAUAUUUAGGAUAUCGGAAAUGAUGGAGGAAAUGGAAGAAACUCCUCUUAGUUUGGAUUAAUGAAAAACAGCUGGCUGGGGAUGUGAGUUCUGAGAUAAUUUGUGAGAAAGCCAAGGUCCAUCAUGAUGGUUUAGUGAAAGGCAUGCCUGAUACUAGUGCUCAAAAGGAGGUGUUGGCUCAUAAACAUAAGAGUUUGUGUAACCCAGGAACAGCUUAAUUCAGUUUUUAUUAUUUUAAUGAGGAAAAAAUUGUCUUGGAACUUGAAUGAUUUGGAACUCAAACAGGGUUCUGGAACAUAUUUUGUUAGGAUUCCCAGGCCCCACUGUAAUCUAAUUCCCAGGUUUGAUUUUGUUAUGAGAUUUUUGAAGUGGAAGUUAACUAUUUACAGACCUGUUUACCCUCAAACUCUUAAAAUCGUACAAUAUCAUUACAAAAUCGUUUAAUAAAUCUUAAAAGUAAAAAAAUAAACAUACAGUACAUAUAACUAUACACCUCUAAAUCGUACAUUGUACGCCAAAAUCGUAAGAGUAAACAGGCCUGUAUUUAGGACAGUUAUGUACCAGGUAUUUGAUAAAGACAUAGUUCUUCACAUAGUCAGUACCGGUACACCAUAUAUAUUUUAAUUGUGUUUAAGUUAAGAUCCAUAGUUUUAAGUAAUUUUAAAUUUAUGUUUUGGUGAAUAUUUGUCAGUAAAAUAUUAAAAAAAAGAUUUAUUUGAUUUAAAAUAAUUGUCAAUAAAUUUUAUUGAGUAGGUAGGCUACCCUGAUAACAUUAUCACACUAUCACUAUCUUGAAUAUUUUCUCAAUACUAAAACCAUACAUUUAUAUUGCUGCCAAAGCAAACAGAAUAUUUAAAAGUUAGGGCUAAUCAGUAUAUGGGAAAAUGCCAUGAUUAAAUUAUUUUUUUUUCUCUUUUGUUGAUUCAUACUCCAUAACUAACUGGUUCUGUUCAUAUCAUUCAGGAACAAUUCAAUAUGAUCUGUGAGGAAACAUUUUUCACAAAGCUGGGGGAAAUCCCUGUUUUGAAUGAUGGGUGGACCACAGCUUGGAGUUAUUACUCCAAGGUAAAAGACUACAAUGGCUUGACAAAAUUUACUUUGGACGUAGCUGAGUCUGGGGUGAAAAAAGCUGCAGAGAUAACCACACCCGUUGUUCAGCGCUAUCAGUCACAGAGUAGGUUUUUCAAAUAAUGAAAUAUUUAAAUUACUACUCUUUUUAAGAGUAUGGCAUUUUGGUAUAUACACACUCCUCUCCUACAGUAAGAGUUAUGUUUAAAAAAAAAAGGGUUGGUAGCUAUGAGUAAGGACAAUUUUUUUUAUAUAGAUCAUGGGGUUAAUGGGUGAGGUCAGAGCGGAGUUAUUAUAUUUGAAUGAGUCAUUGCAAGCAUGAUUCUUGUAAAAAAAAAUCUCUCUUCCCAUUAAUAAAUUAUUUAACAAUUUCUCAAUUUCUUUACAUUUUUCCAAGAUUAAAUGCUUUUGUAAUUUUGAAAUACCGGGUAUAUAAAAAUUAUAUGGACAUUCAAAUUAUUUUGUUACCUAUAGGCCAGAAUAAGCGAUACAAAUUUUAGGAGGUUACAGGGGUGACAGUGGAUAAGUAUAAAAAAAUAACCAAGUCACACAAAAAAUUUGAAAACACUGUCCCGCUUUUUGUCUAUUUUUUUUCCAAUAGUUGGCAUAGUCACUAUACUCAUUUGUGACAUCUGUUAUUUGUUUGAAGCUUUCUUCAGCAAUUCUGUGCUCUGUAAACAAAAGCUCAUUAAUGUCAUAAAUUGGAUAAGAUAUAAUAUAUUGCAUGACCAUUAUUACGCAGAUGCAGAAGGUAUAAAUAUGACAUUAUGUAGAUAAAUAUUUUUUGGGAACAAUUGAAUUAAUUUUAUUUAAAAAGAAAAUUAAAUUUGGCUUCUCUAGUAUAAUGAUUUUUGGAUACACUAAUUGCUACAUUUACCUUUUUUCUCUUCUUCAUAAUCAUUUUGAAUAUUGCUAUCAAUUAACAUGUAUAUAUUUUCUCUGUUUAGUUGAUACUGUAAACACAUAUGCCUGCAACAAACUGGAUGAUAUUGAAAACAAGUAUCCUGUAAUCAAGCAACCGACUGGAGAGGUAGGUUUUAAGAUGUUUUUACUUGAUUAAAGAAAUGUAUUGAAAUAUAUACAUAUAUUUAUAUUAGGUAUGUGAACCUUAGGUACCGGGUAACAAUAAGAAAAACUGUAUGUCUGUGGCUAGUAACUAAAGCAGACCUGUUUACUCUUACGAUUUUGGUGUACAAUGUACGAUUUUGAGGUCUAUACAUUAUGUAUAGUGUAUGUUUAUUUUUUUACUAUUAAUAUAAGAUAAUUUAUUGAACAAUUUUGUGAUGAUAUUGUACGAUUUUAAAAGUUUGAGGGUAAACAGGUCUGCUAAAGGGGCAUCUUUUUGAUAAAAAAAACUGAAAUUUCACAAGUAUUUCUAACAAAAAUGGUUAGCAUAAUAAUAUUUUGAAAUGAAGAUUUAUGUUAAACACAAAUGAAACUAUUUGAAACUACAAGAUAAACAAUACAUGUGUCUUAUCUAGUUAAAAAAUGCCUGCAUGGAGUAUGUGCAGCCAGUUGUUGGAAAAGUCAAACCAGUGGUCACAUAUGCCCAGGAUGUUGUCAAUAACAGUAAAAGAAGGGUAAAUGGAAUUUUGUUUUUUAUUUUUUGAUAAAUGAAUUUUCUCACUCAUUUAACUUUUUAACAAUUGAUUUUUUUGUUAAGUUAUUUGUUACAAUAAGGCAAAUUCAAUAAACAUACUCAUAGCAAUUAUCAAUUCGUGUUAUAAUAAAGCGAAUAUCUUUUAAUUGUUAAGCAUUUAGCAUCAGGCCUAAAACACUGACAUAAUUGUAAGACUUCAAAAUAAAUUAAAAUCUCAUAUUUUAACACAUCAUUUUUCUCCAAUAUCAAUAUCAGGUUAACAGUAUCAAGCAAUGUGGCAGUAAUUUGGUGAAUGGGGCCCGUGAUCUUGGGGUUGACACCAUGAAUAAAGCAGUUACAGUCACUAUGGAGACUCCACCUGGAAGAUUUGUAACUAAAACUGUAGACUGUGCACUGACAUGUGCCGAUAAUUUAAUGGACAAGUUCAUACCAGAGGAGCAACAAGGUUGGUGGGAGAUUUGAAAUUGACUAUUGGAUACUUUUAAUUAGAUAUUUUUUAUAAUAAUAAUAUCAAUUUAUUUUAAAAAUCUUGAAAUGCUUUUGUUUACCUUAAGACAAUAAUUGUAUUAUGGAAGAGAAAAUUUGAGACUCAUUAUCUUUAGUUUUGUAAAUCUUAGUUUAAUUGCAUACAUCAUUGUUUCUAUAGAUCAUGACAAAAGCGGCGUGGAUGCCCCUGAGGAGCUAAAUAAGCCAGAAGAAAUGGCGCUCAUGGAACCUAGUACUGAAAGAGUUGUUGUUCAUUUCAAGAGUGUCAGUAACAAACUGAGAAGAAGAAUGUUCCAAAAAGCAAUGAAAGAUUUUCAAGGGGCAAAAUUGCGCACAGUUGAAGCCAUCGGGAAAUUGCACAAUACUGUAGACCUGGUAUGAACAAUUAUUUGACUUUGGCCGGCAUUUUCCUUUAACACACAAUAACAAAAAUUGUAGGAACUAAGUAACAAAAAUUUGUUAUUCUUGAAACCCAUCAAGACGCAAGAGGUACUGUAAGAUUAUAAACAAGGAUGGGGUCACUAAAUUUUUACAGAAACAUAGCAUCUGAUUAGUGCCAUGCAAACAUCAUUUUAGCUUCUCAGUGAUACAUUUUUAUCUCUUAGCAACAAAAUGUUACUUUUUUGGGGUGCAUCUAUCUUACGCGACUUACAGAUAACUGGUAAUGGAAAGGGUUAAAUUAUAAGCUGUACAUAAUUAAGUUAUUAAAUUUUUCUCAAUUUGUAGCCAAUAGUUUACCACCUUGAAUGAAUCUAGGCAUGUAAAAUCCUAAUAAAAUGUACAGUUUAAAAAAAAGAAAAAAAAGGUGUCUUUUGAAAAUCAUGUAUUUAAAAAAAACUGACUGAAGGGUACAUUUCAAGGUAUUGUUCUGUUAAGUUUGGUUCAUACAAGAUUACUUGUUAUUGAUAGCAGACUAUCUGCAUAUCAUGUGCUGGAACAUAGUGGCUUAAUUUGAAUUAAGGUAACAUGCAACAAGACUUUUAGCACUGCUUUAGGUUGUAAAAGUUAACUGUGUAUUUACAGAUUUAUUACGCUAAAAAAAAUAUUGGUACAGCUCGUGAUAAAGUUGAAGAUAUGUGGAGCAGGAUAAUAGAUACAGAAGAAAAAAGCGAGGAGAACUCUGAUCCAAAUUUGCACUCUGGGGUAAGUACUAAGACUUGUGUAUGGAGUUUAGAAAAAGAAUAUCCCACAAAUAUUGUAGUGGUCUUAAUUGGCUUGAUCACACUAAGUAAUUAAUAGUAAUAUACACAUCAAGUAUUCCUAAAUAUCUAUUCUUAUUUUUAUUUUCAGCUCUUAGAGGAACGCAUAGUAACACUGGGGCGUGUUCUUGUUGCCAGAGUUAAAUCAGGAGUCUCAGCAUUAGAGAAAGCAUCUAAUGAAGCUGGUCAAUUUGUCAGGCAUCCCAUUAGCAAGUCUAAAGAAUACAAAGACUUCAUUUACCAUUUCAGUUCUGUAAGUAUAAAAAAUCAAUUUCUUGUAACGGUAUUAACAUUAAAACUUGCUUUAAUGUUCAAACUAUAAAUUUACGCAUAUCUCAAAGCAGGAAUUAAUUAAUAAAUAUGUUGGCUAAUCAUAUCCAUCUAUAUAUAACCUACUGGUUAGCUUUAUGUCAAAUUUGCCUGGCCAUUUCCCUAAUUAAUUCCACAUAUUUUGCAACACACAAUUUGUUCAAAAAUAAUUUAUGUUUUUGUACACCCUUCCCACAACAUAGUGUAAUUCUUUUUAACACCUCUUUCAGCUAAGUGUACAAUACAGGUGACCUAACCCUCCAGCCAAAACAAUAUUGAACACAUACAUUUUAGAAAUAAAAUACCUAUUGGUUGAAAUUGUUUUUAAUUCUUACUGAAAGGCUUGAACUUUAAGAUUUAACAUUUGAUACUUAUGGUAAAAAAUUGAUUUUAAUAUUCUUGAUUUUUAUUUCAGGAUAUUUCGACAGUCAGUGUUCAAAAAGCCAGAGAAAGUUUGGAUUACUUUCAGAGAAUGCUUUUUCGUUUGAUUGAUAAUGUGGAGUCACCAAACUGGCUAGUAUGUUUGUUUUAUAAAUGGAGCUCAAAAGAUUUUUAAGUGUUAGACUACUUUCAUGAAAAUUUGUAAUUACCAGGGAAAGAAAUGACGUGACGUUUGCAAUCAGUAUGAAGCUAUGUUUUAUGUAAUGUUAGUUAUAUUUUAUAUUUUUGUUUCAGUCUGUAGACAUUGAAAUGGACAACAUUGAUUUGGAAGAGGAAGAUGUUAUAGCCGCUGAAGGAUCUGAAAGACAAAAACCUGAGGAAAGCAAAGAAAAGUCAGAGUGUGGCAAAGAAAGCACUACUGAGUUACCUGAGGAGACAGAUUCAGUCACAGAAGAGAUGAAUGAUGAUAAUGAUACAAGCAUGACUGACAAUAGUUAGUUAUAUCUGGCAUAGACCUUAUUUCAUUUAAGAAUCCAUCAAUUAAUUAAUCCAUUUUUUUUAAUAUCUUGGAUCAUUUAGUAUUAAAUUUUUGUGUGUACCCGAUAGCUGUUAUAUUAUAUUACCAGUACAUCUAUGUGCUAAUUAAAUACUUAAUGACUUAUGUACCAUUUAAAAGGUGUUCAAAAAUUAGCAUCUGUUCUAAAAUAAAAAGAAAUUGUCAGUAUUGUAAGUAAAAAGAAGUUUCUUAUUUUAAAAAAAUGUAUUGACACAUUUAAGUUUCCAUAACAACUGGUAUAUUUCUAUUACUAUUAUAGUUUUUCAAAAUGCUUCUCUAGAAAUUUAUCUCCAGUUUGUAAUAAUUCAAAAAGUUGUUUGUAACAACUAAAGUAUUGUAUGGUUAAUGUGUAACUACUAAAGUAUUGUAUGGUUAAUGUCAACUAAGACAUUUUUGACGUUGAACUUAUUUUGAUGCAAAUUUUGUAAAUGUUAUUUACUGUAAUAAAAUGUUCUUGAAUUGAUAAUACAUUGCCUAAUUUUUUGUUGUGAAGGUAUCUUAUGUAAUUAAGAAAACUAUUUUUUCAAUUUAUAGUAACAAAAAAUGUUAUAGUUAAACAUUAUACUAAAGAAAAAGGUGCACAAAUUGAAACUAAGAGCUUGGUCUCAAAAAGACUAAUCCCCACAUUAUUUACUAUUCACAGUACAGUAAAGCUCAGUAGAGGUGCUCAAGGAAAAAGCUCGAAAUUUCAUGAGUUGAGUUUUGGUGCAUGUAUUUAUUUGUUGCUCUUUUUCUUAGUUCCUAUCAAUCUGAUAGAUGGUUAGUGACUAUUGGGGAAAUGAAUAGUUCAAUUGUUGAAAAUGUUGUACUUUAUCUAUGACUGGGGACAAAAAUAAAUGAUAGUUUGAUAGGGCACAUAACAAAAAUGUCUUACAUGAAUUAUUUGAUAGGGCACAUAACAAAAAUGUCUUACAUGAAUUAUUUGAUAGGGCACAUAACAAAAAUGUCUUACAUGAAUUAUUUCCCUCUUAAAUAGCUACAUCCUUUAAAUUCAAAACAUUUCUGACAUGGAUUUUAAGAGAAUUAUUACCUGUCAAAUACGAUGG